AUGGGAGGAAAAGGAAAAGGAAAGAAAGGUGGGGAUGGGAUUGGACAGCCGCUGCCUCCAUGGAUGCGGAAAGGAGGGAAGAAAGGGGGCAAAGGCGGCAAAGACGGGGGCAAAGGUGAUGGUGGCAUGUGGGGUAUGGGCGGCAUGGGCUUUGGAGGUAUGGGUGGAAUGUUUCCUGGUAUGGGCAUGCAUCCUGGCAUGAUGUCUGGCAUGGGCAUGGGCAUGGGCAUGCCUGGAAUGCCGUUUGGGAUGCAACAACCGGGCAUGCAGCAACCUGGCAUGCAGAUGCCCUUCCAGAUGCCGAUGCAGAUGCCAUAUGGACAGAUGCCUGGGGCACAAGGCAUGCCGAUGAUGAACGGCAUGGGCUUCGGCAUGCCGAAUCAGUUUCAAAUGCAGGACAUGCAGGGGAUGCAGAUGCCCACCUCGUCGAUGUCACUGCAUCAGAUGCAGAACGGACUUCAACCGCAGGGCAUGCAGCAAAUGCAGCAAGCAACCACUGGCGAAGCACUGGGGCCAGCAGGGCUCAGAUCUCAGCUGGCGGCCCGUGGCUUGAGCAAAGCGCUCUCCACCGUGUCCGUGACCUCGGCCGCCCCCGAGAGCCUCCGGCCGGCCUCGGAGGGCGAGAAAGCCAGCAAGGCCCCUCGCCCCGAGGAGGAGGACAAAGAGUUGCUUCCUUUGCCGCCGCCCUUGGCCGAUGGAACCCGACAGGUCUUAGUCACCAUCCCCAGGCCUGCGUCGGCCACAUCCGAUGGCCUGGAAGCCGAUGGCUCUGUGAAGAUUCCGGAGUUCAACGUGACCAUCAACCUGCCGGAGUGGUACAAAGAGGCGCAGACGGAGUUAGUCAAAGGCGGCCCCGCUUGGCUUCCACAGGUCACGAUCAACGUGAGCGAUCUUCCCGAAGCCACGGAGCAAUUGACCAGCCCAUCCGGGCCCAGUGUGUCCUUCUUGGGGCGGCGCGCCAGCAAAGCCAGUGCGGCAUCCAAAGCCAGCGGAGACAAAGAUGGUGAAGGAGAUGAUGCCUCCCCUGGUGGGGCUGGGAAGUUGCAGGCAGCGAUGCAGGCGCGGCGCCGGGCGAUGCAGGACGCCGAGGAGGUGGACGAGAAGGCCAGUCCUCGUUUUUCCCCUACAUCGUGGCGAUCCUUUUCACGAACUUUGUAUAUAAGAGUGGGCUAA